GGCGGGGCGGGCGGCGCGGGGAGCCGAUCGCCGGGUGCGGGCGGGCGGCCGGCUCGGCGGGGCCGGCGCGGGAAGAUGCUGCAGUCCCUGGCGGGCAGCUCGUGCGGGCGCCUGGUGGAGCGGCACCGCUCGGCCUGGUGCUUCGGCCUGCUGGUGCUCGGCUACCUGCUCUACCUGGUCUUCGGCGCCGUGGUCUUCUCGUCCGUGGAGCUGCCGUACGAGGACCUGCUGCGCCAGGAGCUGCGCAAGCUCAAGCGGCGCUUCCUGGAGCAGCACGAGUGCCUGUCGGAGGCGCAGCUCGAGCGCUUCCUGGGCCGCGUGCUGGAGGCCAGCAACUACGGCGUGUCGGCGCUGGGCAACGCCUCGGGCAGCUGGAACUGGGACUUCACCUCCGCGCUCUUCUUCGCCAGCACCGUGCUCUCCACCACCGGCUAUGGCCACACGGUGCCCUUGUCGGACGGCGGCAAGGCCUUCUGCAUCAUCUACUCCAUCAUCGGCAUCCCCUUCACCCUGCUGUUCCUGACGGCCGUGGUGCAGCGCGUCACCAUCCACGUGACCCGCCGGCCCGUGCUCUACGUGCACCUGCGCUGGGGCUUCUCCAAGCAGCUGGUGGCCCUGGUCCACGCCGUGCUGCUGGGCGUGGCCACCGUGUCCUGCUUCUUCUUCAUCCCGGCCGCCGUGUUCUCGGUGCUGGAGGACGACUGGAACUUCCUGGAGUCCUUUUACUUCUGCUUCAUCUCGCUGAGCACCAUCGGCCUGGGCGACUACGUCCCGGGGGAGGGCUACAACCAGAAGUUCCGGGAGCUCUACAAGCUGGGCAUCACCUGUUACCUGCUGCUCGGCCUCGUGGCCAUGCUGGUGGUGCUGGAAACCUUCUGCGAGCUGCACGAGCUGAAGAAAUUCCGCAAGAUGUUCUACGUCAAGAAGGACAAGGACGAGGACCAGGUGCACAUCAUGGAGCACGACCAGCUGUCCUUCUCCUCCAUCACGGACCAGGCGGCCGGCGGGAAGGAGGACCAGAAGCCCGACGAGCCCUUCGUGGGCCCGGAGCCGCCCGUCCACGCCGACGGCCCCCCCCAGCGCUGAGCGCGGGCCUGGUCCUCCUCCCGCACCGGGUGGGGCGGGGCAGGGAGAGGUUUCGCUUUGUUCGUCUUAGGAGAAUACAAAAGCCGAAACGAUAUUGUAACAAGCACCCGCCGUCGGUCAUAUUCGAAACGAGACAGAAAGUGGGACGGAGAAAGCUUUUGCCUCCCGAGGACUGAUAUCUGAGGACACGGGGUAUGGGCCUGUCAUUCAUCCGAAACACGAUGAUCCAGACUGUGGAGUGGGGUGAGGACGGCUGCGGGUAGAAGCAGGUUUUCUACUUUCCAUUGGGGACGUUGGGGUUUGCCUCGAAAUCAUCUAGCGGACGGCUCAAUAGCAACGUGUAUACUGAAAAGCAAAUGGGAAGCCUAGAGAUUUGUUUUAUAAAUUUAUGUGUAUGGGUUUGCAUGCGCCCGCCCGAAAUGAUUAUUUUUGUAGAACCUAAGAUAACCCUGUUAUUUAUAACGCAUAGGUGCCCAUGAACUGUGUACAUACCGGGUAUACAUACGUUCAUCCCGUGGACAGCGGGGCCCAGGUUGGCGGUUCUCAGCAGACCUCCUCACCCGGGAUUGUGGCUAUCGUGUCUUUGGAUUCCCCUUUGUACUAAAGACCCGAGCGGGCGCGGCUGCGGUACGAUAAGGGGGGGAACCCACGGGAGAGCGAAGGCCUGGCGUAUUCCGCUGCAAUAAACGUGUCCGUCCUCUUGCAAUAAAUAGUGCUCUCAGGUGCCUGCGCUGCCGGCGAGCAUUUCUCCAGAAGUGAACGGCCGUGAGAACGCGGUCUGUGAAUCGGGUGAGAUGUUGGUUCCGAAAGUGCGCCGUGACCCGCAGUCCCCUGGCGCUAGCACGCGGGACGUGACCACAGAGGCCCCACGUGACGACAUCCUGUCAAAUGAAUCGGAGACUCUACAUUUUUUAAAAAAUAUAUAUUUUUAUUGAUUUCAGAGAGGAAGGGAGAGAGAGAGAGAGAGAGAAACAUCCAUGAUGAGAAAGAAUCCACUGGGGAAUAGGGGAGGCCGGGGGAAGGUUGGGGCGGGGGAGGGAAGGAGACAUAUAUAAUACUCUUUGUAAUACUUUAAGCAAUAAAACAAAAUGAAAUUAAAAAAAAAAGAAUCGUGGAUCGGCUGCCUCCUGCACGCCCCACACUGGAGAUCGAGCCCGCAACCCGGGCACGUGCCCUGACCGGGAAUCGAACCGUGACCUCCUGGUUCAUAGAUCACGAUGCUCAAACACUGAGCCACGCCGGCCGGGCAACAUAGAUUACCUCUUGACUCACCAAAAAGUGUAGGACGGUGUUUCCUAGGAACCUCAUUAAUAAAAUAAAAUAAAAAGGU